AUGUCCGCCCCAUUACCCUCCUCCCCCGAGUUCCUCCAAGACAAGCUCUCCACGCUCCUCGCCUCCCCGCACAUCCACUUCAACGCGCCGCCCGCGGGCGGGCCGCUGCACAUCCGCAUGGGCCACGGCCCCGUCGAUCUCUUCAGCACGCGCUUCCUCAACUUCUUCACGGCGGACGCGCGCGGGGUCGUUGGCGGGAAGGAGGUCGACCACGACGGGCUGAAGGACGCACUGCUUGCGCUGCAGAAGAAGUGGAACCCGCAGGAGGCGAGCUUCGAGGCGCAGAGCGAGGCGGCUAAGCCGACGACGAAGGUGCUGUGGGCGCGCAAGGAUGGGGGCCACCAAGCGGCCGUGACUGCGUCUGCCGAAGUCAAGGAAGAGGGCGGUGCGCACCGUAUCAGCCACCUCACUCUCGACGGCGAUGAAUCCCUUUUCUCGUCUUAAGCUUUGCUAUAGCAUUCGAGUCCGCGAGCAGUACUGUACGAUAGACUCCUGUAUUCUGUAACAUAAGCCAGUGUUA